AUGGCCCCCGUGCCACAAUCAAUUGAGCCAUUCCUGGCUUGGGCCUUCGCCGGAUACAUUACGCCGGUCGGAGCCAGCCAAUCAGCGUGGAUGUGGCGCUCUGGACUUCCCCGUGGAUUUGCCGGUCACGAUAUCGAUUUCAACCCUGGACGCGAUGGCAGGUUACCGUCGAUCAGCGCGGGUCCACUCCACUACAGCCGCGAUAGACCGGGACAAGAGAUUCCCCCCGAAGCUCAGACCUACAUUAAUGAAGACGGCAGAAGGGGAAAAGGGAAAAAUGCCCCCCCGACUCCCCGAAUCCCCGGGACCCAAUGA